GUAUGGAGAUCAAAAAGCACUGCCAUGUGGGUCGAAAGAAGAGGGAAAUAUAAGUGUAAACAACAUUGACAUAUUUCACUGAUACGUUAUUCCAUUCAGUAAGAAACACAACUUGCUUGCUGGGCAUUAAAAAUACUUAAUGCGUGGCAAUCGAAUUUUGUUUUGUUUGCAUUAUCAUUUAGCUAAAUUUUCAAAUAAAUCGGUUAUUAUGCCUACAAAUGUAGAGAUCAAAGCGAAGGUAACGAAUUUAGAAGAGCUAAAAUCAAAGGCAGCCAGCUUGAGCGAUUCUUCAGAUGUACUCGUUCAGGAGGACACCUUCUUUGUCACACCAAAUGGCAGGCUGAAAUUACGGGAGCAAAAAAGUCGACAGUCAACAGGUGCAGAGUUGGUUUACUAUGAAAGAGAAGAUACAGAGGGUCCAAAAUCCAGUCACUUUGUGAAAACACCAAUUCCAGAUCCAUCUGGUUUUAAGGAAACGCUUAGGCAAGCCAUUGGUAUAAGGGGUGUUGUAAAGAAAACCCGAUACCUCUUUAUGGUAGGACAGACAAGGGUUCAUGUAGACCAAGUAAAUGGCCUAGGAGAUUUUAUGGAGCUAGAGGUAAUGAUGAAGGACGGACAAAGCCUUGAGGAAGGGCAGGCAAUAGCCGAAGAUCUCAUGCAGAAGUUGGGUAUAGACAAAAAAGACCUUGUGACUGGUGCAUACAUGGACCAUUUAGAAAAGACUGAAUAAUUGCAGACAGAGAGAGGAGGAGGUGCAGAAUGGAUUGCCCCCUUUUUUGCAGGCCAACUUUAAAAAAUAUACAAGAAAAAAUGGUGGAAUUCAAAGCAUUCAUAGUUCAAUUAGGAAGAACCAUGCUAUUUUUGACCUCAGAGUGUGAUAAUACUGAAUCAAGCUCCAGUGACAUUUAACUUUUUUAUGUACAUAAAGACACAAAUCUCAUCAACUUUGCAUGCAUUUUUUAUAUGGUUCCAGAAAGGGCACAUUCUUUAUGACAGGGAGGAGUACAUCAAAAGUUUACAGCACAAAAAAUUGUAUUUGUUUCCCAAUUUGGUUGUAGGAAGGCGUGAAAAACUUUUUAAAUGUGUCAUAUUGAAAGGAAACAAAUUUUAGGUAUACUCUAACCUAUGCUGUAUUGGCUUUUAGAUGCAAAGAUUUGUCAAUUAAACGCAUGUCAAACUGGAGUCUGUGUAUUUCUUUUUU